ACACGACCGUUAAAACGAUUCGUUUACUUGCUAGUUUAUCAGCCAUGCCGCCACCAAUGCUCCGCCUUAUCUCUAGCACCUCCGUGUCCACCGUGGCUGGCCUCCCGCCGAUCCUUACGAAACCUCCCAUUUCAAAUCAAAGCCUUUCCAUCAACCCCAGUGAAGAGAAUCGACAGAAAGUGCUCCGCCUUAUCUCUCGCAGAGACGCUGCUUUUCUCUCCUUAAUCUCCCUCUUUCCUUCCCUACUCCAUACCCCUCAUGCUUCUGCCUUCUCCAUUGGAAUUUCAGGACCAAAGGAUUGGCUUAAAGAGCAAAAGAGGAAGUCUUCGAAAUUCCUAUUGGCCCCAAUCGAUGCUUCUCGACAAAGCCUUCACUCUGUUUAUCUUUUGCUCAUGGACAAGGAAUCAACUAUUUCGAAUAAUGAUUUAGAGGAAGUGCAAAAGCUCUUGAAAUCUGCCGCUAGGGAUUGUGUUGUACAGGAGAGGAAUUCCUUUGUUGCAUUUCAAGCCAACACCGGAGUCGAGGUUUGCACAUUUCGUUUGAUUGUGAAAAAUGCUUCUUCUUUGCUUGAGAAUAAGAAUCCUGUUAAGCUGGAAGCUGAAGCUAUGCUAGAUGAUCUUAUAAGCUCAUUUACCUCGCUUAAUACUUUGGCAAAUGAAAGUGAUAUCCAAGUUGCUUCCAGUAGACAAAGGGUUGCAGAUGCACUGAAGGAUACCAUAACUUCGCUUGACAAAUUUGAGCAGGGGAUUAAGGACUGCCUGGAAGUAUGACAAUGGCGGCUUGGCUUCCUUUAGCAACUAUAAAUUUAUGGUGAGAGAUGGCAGAUGCUUUUGUAGUUGGGACUUGGUGGAGACUGGAAGAUUGUAAAAGUACAUAAGCAUGUUGUUUGACUUGAUCUUUGUUGUAAAUUUUGUUUUAUUUUCCCAUUUCUAAUGUGUUUGUUGGUUUCAUUGUUACAGAAUUUAUUGACCAGUCUUUGCUGGAAUAUAUUAUAUGAGCAAAUCCUCCGAAUUCUUGUCA